UGUAUCCUGAAUGGUACAGUCCGUUGCCUAGGCGCCAGUAGAAGCCAAUUCUCUCCGCCACGCCUGUCCUCGGCACUUGGCAUUCUUGUCCCUGUUCCCCUUUGAAAGCAAAACUCAAGGACUGUUGUCACGGAUGGAUUACAACAACAAUGGGAGAGAUGAAGUUUGAGGAUCUGCAGAUCUGUAACGUGUUAUUGCAAACCGACUUGCUUUCUGUUGGGUGCCAUGUAGACAGAACUGCAGUUUGGGAUCAGGAUAUUCACCACUGAGGAAUAAGUAACAGAUGCACUUUCACCAAACUAAAUGAAAAUGGAUCACGAAGAGGCGUGGACGGAGCUGGACCAGAUUUCUAUGCGUCUUCAGGAGGAUGGUUUGCCUCCAGCUGCCGGUGCGGAGGAGAGGCAGCGCCACCUGUGGCAGCAGCUGCUCAUCAGCGAAGCAAAGCUUCAGUCGGCCACCCAGGAGCUGCAAACCCUACGGCUGCAGCAGGCCAAUGAGAUGAAGGAGGUGGAGAGCUAUGUUGCACAUGUUCGUGGGCUGCUGGAGGAGCGUGAGUGUCUGACUGCAGACUAUGAGCGAGACAAUGAACACUUGCGACAUGAACUUCACCAGAUCAGACACCAACAAGAGAACCAGAGCAAGGAGCUGGCAGAGAUGCUGGCUAAGGAGGAUCUCGGGGAGAUGGGCCUGAGCAGCCCCAGUGAGCAGGUGGCUUACUUGCUGGUGGAGAGAGUCACGCUGCUGGAGAGGCUGGAGGCUGCUGAGAGGAGGCUGGAAAGUCAGAGUCUCAGUGGCAGCUUCAAGGAGGUUCACCACCAGGAGCAUAUUGGCAACAAGAUGGUGCAGGACCUAAAGCAGCAGAGGGAGGAUAUACAGAAGACCAUAGAUAGCAUGACGAAGCAGUGUUCAUCCCAGAGUUCUUGGAAGAAGCUGUUUGGCCUGCGCAGGUCUGGUCAGAGCAAACACAAUAUUACCCCUGCCUACAGCGAGGAGAUCUCCCAAGAGCGAAAUGAGCGGCAGCGGCUGGAACGGGACCUGGAGGAGGCGUCUAGGAGGCUGACGAUGGCUCAUCAGGACAUCCGCAGACUCACCAAUGAGCUGGAUGCUGCCAAAAACAACAACGUUGACCCAAAUGGAUCUGAGCUUCAGGGAACAGUCCAAGAAGUAGAGAACCUGAGGAAGGAAGUGGACAAACUGAAACACUGUGAUAUGAUGAAGUUGCAGCGAGCCAAAGAGCAAAACGACCGACUAGACGCUGAGAACAGAGCUCUGAGGGAGAGAGUGCGCAUUAUAGAGUCCGAGAAGAAACAUCUCAGGGACCAGAUGACAGUAAAUGAUGCGGCCAGAGAGGAUCAAAAGGACAUUGGUGGUGAACCUCAGAGCAACAUGUCUGCCCUGUCAACUCAAGAAAAGGAUCACAUUCACAAACGGUGUCAGGAGGCGGUGGAAGAUGGGCUCGUUCAGGUCCGGGAGCUGCAACGGCAACUCCAGAGGCUCCGCCAAGGACAGGAAGAGCUGGAGGAGAGGAACGAGGAGCUGGAGGCCCUGCUGGGGGAGGCUCAGAAUGCCAGCAAGGAGGAGAGGCAUCGCCAUGAGGGAGAACUGGAAGGACUGCACAGGAGGAUCAAAAGCCUGGAGGCAGAGCUAAAGAAGCAGGAUGCCCAAGAAAAAAUGUUGAAGAAUGGAGAGGAAGUCAAAACCACCGAGUCCUACCUACAGCUGCACCUGAGAGAUGGCAGCCAGGAGAGACUGGCUCUGCUUGAGGCUCGUCUGACUGAGGAGAAAGACUGGAGGAAACAGCUGGAGUUGGACCUCAGUGCUGCUCAGGCAGCCCUUAAAAAAGAUAAAGAGGCUUUGCAGAUAGGUGAGAAAGAGCUAAAGAAGCUGAGACUUGAGGUGAACAGUCUUCAGACAGAAUGCCAACAGGGGAAAACACUCAUCAAGAGCCUCACCCAAGUCAAAGGGGAAAAAGCAGUUCUGGAGGAAAAGGUGGCCCAGAUGGAGCGUGCCCACAGCAGACUCCAGAACGAGCUGGAGCGCUACAAGGACAGUAGCCAAACCCUGGAGGACCUGAGGGACAACAGGCUUCAGGUGGACCAGCUGCAGGAGCAGGUUGACCGGCUGACAGCUGAACUCGGCCGCCUCCAAACGGCCCACGAUACACUAAGGGAUGAGACGUCCUCUGAGCGGCUACAGACCGCUGAGCUCCAGGCCAAGCUGAGCUCCAGUGUUCAGGAGAAGCUGGCGGCUGAGGGAGACAGAGAGCGACUGGAGCUGGAGAUACAGCACCUCAAUAAGCAGCUCCAGUGGCAUCAAGAGCAGCAAUCCUUCACAAAGGAAGCACUUAGUAGCAGCCAGAAGCCUGAACUCCACGCAGCUCACGUAGAAUCUAGACUCAGUCCAGCGGAGAAAAUGAAAGAUGAGAGCUUUGGUCAGGAGGAGCUGAAUCGUCUGCAGAUGAAGCUCGGGGAGGAGCGGCAGCUGGCCUCUCAGCACCAAAUGGCCCUUCAGGCUCAGGUCAAUGAAGCCCAGGCACGCAUCAAGUCCCAAGACUCAGUGCUGAGCCAGAAGGCAGAGGAGGCCAAACAGAUGAAGCAGGACCUGCAGAGGGCCCAGAGCCUGUUUACCUCAGCAGAGAGAGAGCUGCGCUACGAGAAGGAGAAGAGCAUGGACCUGAAGCGACACAAUACUCUGCUGGACCAGGAAAAGCUCAAGCUUUGUGCAGAAGUGAAACAGGUACAAAACAAGCUGGUCCAGGUGGAGCAGAAAGUUCAGACUCAGGAGGCUGAAUGUGAACGUCAGCAGCACAAAAUCAGAGAGCUGGAGCUGGAGCUGGCACGCAGCUGCACAAACCGCAGCGCCACCACCAGUCUGCAGGAGGACCUACAGGCCGAGAGGACACGGCUCAUUGCUGCUGACAAGAAGGUGUUGGAGCUGCAGCAGCAGCUGAAGAGUGCACAGCACCAGCUGCGUGUGGAGGAAGCUCGGGCCGGCGAGAGCAGCCGCCUGGAGAGGGACAGCAGGGAUCUGUCUGACACCCUGUCAGCCCUGAGAGCCCAGCAGCAGGAGGAGCACAUCACCAGGAAGCUGUUGGAGCAGCGUGAGGAGGAGCUGCAGCAGCUGGUGCGAUCCCUGAGGCUGAAGGAGGCUUCACUGACCAGGGCGAACACAGAGCUCAGCCACCGUGUUCAGCAGCUGGAAACCCGUCUGUCCAUCCUGGAAACUGAGCUCCGCAAAGCCAGAGAGGAGGCUAAAGACAGCCAGAAGUCCAGCCACAGACUGCAGGAGGGGCUGGUGGCCUGUCAGCAGGAGAGUGAAAGACUGCAGGGGGAGCUGCAACAGGUUCUCCUCCAAUGUGAUGCGCAUGUCAGGAAGUACAAUGAAAAGCAGAGCCAGCACAAGACCAAGCUCCGUCAGGCCAAACAGCUGUUUCUAAAGGCGACGGCUCAGAGGGAUUGCACCAUCCAGAAACUGGAGAACGACCUGCUGCUGGCCUCCAGCCUCUCACACAAGGAGAAGGAGAGGAUUCAUACGGUGAUGGAGGAAAAUGAGAAGCUUUUGGAAGAGAAGAGGGAACUGUUGCAUAAAAUAAGCGAGGCAGAGGAAAUGGGCAGUAAAGGCAUGAGGACCGCCUCGACAGUCCAACACAGGGUCAACGUGUUAGAGGUGGAAAACAGACAACUGCAGGACCGAACUCUGAAGCUCUCCAAUCAAGUCAGUUCCUUAGAGCGCGCCUUGAGGAACGUCCAGUCGUUCUACAGCCUGGAGAAUGCCAAAAAAGUGCUGCCCUCUGACAGUCGCUCGGUCGGCGUCCUCCAUACGUCUGCGCUAAGUCUGACAGCAGGCUCCUGUGACCCGCUGGAUAUCUUGGACGCAAUCUGCCGUGCGAAGGGCGACCGUGUGGCGGGGGACGGCACCCGGGCGUCUUUCUCCACACACCAGCCACCAGAGCAGGGAUACCUGAACCUCACUUCACCGCUGCUUCCUCCAGCCUCCACCACAGGCACAGAGGACAGCUCUAAUACCACUGAGCAGGUAUGAGGAGGCUCUGUUUGAAACACCUAGAGAAGAUCAGUGCUGCAAGUAUUAAGUAGCACUAAAGCAGCCACCGUUUCAGACAGAAAUCUGAAUAAAAUAAUGAAAGAAUAUGUAGAAUGCAAAUAAAAACAGUAAUAAUGAAAGGGAGCUUCCACUCCAGUUCUGCUCAGGGUAACAGUAUUGUGAUCCAAGUCCAAACAGAGUGAAAAGAAAAAGCCUGUGUGAGUGUCAAUCAUUCUUUAUUACAUAUUUUUAAGAAAAUAGGACGUAAUGGGAGAUUUGAAGCCAAACACGUGGUACAAUCUUGUGUUACCUGCUGAGGGACUCGGCCAGUUGUUUGCAUCAGCAGCAAAGCAGAUCAGAACGAUUGAAAGCCUCGUAUUGACUCAUGGGAACGACUGUUAUGGUGUUUAUAUAUACAUACAUGGAAAAAAUGAUUAGACCACCUUUGUUUUCUUCAAUUUCUUGUUCAUUUUAACGCCUGGUACCACUAAAGUUAAGUUUGUUUGGACAAAUACAACGAUAACAGCAAAAAUAGCUCAUAAAAAUUUAAUUUCAGAGCUGAUAUCAGACAUUUUCCAUGGUUUUCUUGAUAAUAACCAAAAUCACUUCAGUUCUUCCAUCAGUAUCUAUGGCAUUGUUCUUCCAAAAACAGCUUUCAGGAUUCCAUGGUUUCUUUUGUCUGUUUUAGUCACAUGAUCCACACAGGAGUUCGUACUGAUUCAUAACCAUUGUUUCUGAUGACUGCAGUCAUGCAUCUUGGCGUUAUGUGAGAGCUGACAACUUCUGAAUUGUGCUACAGCUUGAAUGUCAGCAGGAAACCACUCUAGACCUUUGCAUGUGUUGCUGAUGACAUGAAAUGUCCUCUUAUAGGCCCUGGAAUACAAUGAAGCUGAAGCAGGUCAGAUUGGACAUGAAGUAUUAUGGAAUCAGCUCCAUUUUUUUUCGUGAUCCUUGUAUUCUACAGGUAAUGUACCUUUAGUGGUACCAGGCAUUAAAAUGAACAAGACAUUGAAGAAAACAAGGGUGGUCUAAUCAUUUUUUCCAUGACUGUAUAUCUAUAUAUAUAAAGCUGCAGGAUAAUACGAUGCACUUCACGCUAGUGCAGUGAAUGUCAGAAACACAUUUCGUGAGGAAUAUUUGUACGAGACUUUAUAAACUAAGCACUUUAUAUUAAAUUUUACUUGUGUUUACAUUUUGGAAAACUGUAGCAGUGGAAUGCAAUAGUGGGAUAUUAUUGGAUUCCUUUUUUACCCUGUUAAAUUCAACGUUGGCAGCGUUUGGAUGCCUAAAAAUGCCUACGGUGUUGUAUAUUUAUGGUUUUACUGUGUCAAAAAGUCUUCAAGCAUGUCAGUGUUUUUACUAAGUUACAUAUUCAUACUGACAUCCUAUAUAACAUGGAUCAUUUUGUGCAGACUGUGUGGUGUAUCGCUGGUAAACAUGGGGCUCCACUUCAAAAUAGGUCACAAUUAUAGCUUGAUAGAUGCAGCCAUUCCAGUAUUUGCAAUGUGCACCUUUAGUUUUAGUAAAAAAAAUCCAGAGAAACCACAGAAUUUCACGUUUUUGGCCUAUUUUGAAUUUCUAGUCAACCUCAUAGCUUUCUUCCAGGGACUCAGAAACUAAUUCUACUUUAGCCACAUGUGUACUUUGUUCAUGGCAUUAAAUAUUAUUUUGUACCAUCAUAGUUCUAUACAGUGGGAGCGUUUGUCUUCAAUGUGCCUGAGAUGAUGAAGUGUUUAACUUUAUCUUGCUGCUGCGUGAACACGUCUAAUAACAAAAGCCUUUUUGAGAAAGACACAAAAACCGAGGUGAACUCGAUAAGAAACUUUUGUUGUAUUUGUACGGAUCCAUUUUAUAAAAGCAAAACUAUUUUUUUUUAAUAAAUAAAAGCUGAUAAAUAACAAAUACAA